AUGUGAACGAACAUAUGAACAGCACCAUGAAGACAUCAAGAAUAAACUUCACAUGGAAUUGUCUGAAAUUUAUACAGCUGAAAAAGAGCAAUUGUGUCAAUCCUAUGAAGAAAAAAUAUCUCAGUUACAAAUGCAGGUUAAUGAAAUGAAUCAAGAGCUGACUGCUGUGCAGGAGUGUUACAUUGCAGUGUGUAAAGAAAAGGAUUCUUUGGAAGACACUUUAGGAAAUGAUCUGAAAAUGAAACUUCAGGUCCAGGAAGAAAAGAUAAAACGCCAAUAUCUUGAGGAGAAGGAAAAUGCUUUGCAAACUCUAAAAGCUGAUCUAGAAGACAAACACCUUUCUACUCUGUCAGAGGUAAAAGCUUUUUGGCAGAAAGAAAAAGAAACUGAGAUGAAUAAGAGAGUUAAUGUUCAAGUUGUAUUAGCCAAAGAGAACUGGAUUAAGGAGCAGCAACAGCUAACUGAAAAAACUAUCCAAGAAAUAGAAAAUAAAUGGAAGGAUAAGCUAGAACAAACCCUGCUCAAUGCCAAGGCUAAGGCUCGGCAAGAUUUAGAAGAUCAUGCUAUUCAGACUGAGGAGUCACAAAUGGUAUUUGUGGCAGAACAAAUCGAUGACUUAAAGUUAAAGCUCCAGAAAGCUUUGGAAGAAAAAGAACAGGCUGUCCGCAAGGUUCAGAUGGAGCUGGAAACGCGUCACCAUGACUCUAUCUCAAAGCAGGUUGAAUUGGCUGUAACUAAAGCUCGGACCAGAUGGCUUCAAGAACUCACCAGUUUAUCUGAGUACAAAGCAAACCUUAAGCUGGAACAAGAGAAGUGGGGGAAAAAAAGCGAACAGAAGAUCAUAGAUGCUCUCAGUGCGGCUGAAGAAAACUGGAGAAGCAGAAAUGAUCACGCUGAUUUUAAUAUAAAGCACAAAGAGCUAGAAGAAAAAUUAGCCUCUGUGAAAAAGGAGCUUGAGUUGAAAAAUGAAGAAUAUCAUGCACUGCUGAAAGUGGAACUAGCCAAGGCACGUGCUCAGUGGAAUAAAGAGAAGCAAGAAGAGAUGCAUCAUUUCCAAUCACAAAAUGAGAAAGAUUACUGUGCUUUCUUGGAUGAUCAUCGGAAUAAAAUCAGUGAAGCGCUUCUAUUAGCCAAAGAAGAUUUUGAGAAGCAGAAAAAGGACUUGAUUACCCAUAAAGACGCAGAAAUGAAAGAGCAGUUAGAUCAGCACUUAAAACAAUGGACCUCUGAAGAGUCUCAUAGAUUGCUUGUUCGUGAAAAAGAGAUUUUAGCACAGCUAGAGCAGAUAAUGGGUGAAGUUCCUAAAGAAUUGAUUGACAGAAGUUUUGUUAAUGACAGAUCACAUGUGACCAGCAACUUUGAUGGAAAUUUUUUUGAAAAGUUAAGAGCCUUGGUGCAACGAUCCAUGAAAGUCACGGUUUAUAAAAUUCUAAAAAACCAAAAACAAGAAUUUAAAAAGCAGAAAUAUGAAGAGACUCAAAUGAAUCUAAAAGCAAACACAUCUGAAUAUGAUAGUGCCUCAAACAGAGAUCUUUUAAUAAAAGGAACAAAAGUAACCUGUCUGGAAAAAAACACUCAUGGAAAAAAUGGAACCACAGAAUAUCCUUGCUGUGAGCAUUGCUUCCAGCUGCUAGAAAAGUCAAGGAAAGAAUGUCAUGAACUGCGAAACAAACUUGACAAGGCAUGCCGACACCUUCAACAGGCUGUCAAGGAACAAAAGCUCAAAGCGGAUAAAUUUAGAGAAAAUGAAUCCAUUACAGAAAAUUUGAGAAAAGAAAAUAGCGAAUUACAAAAAAAACUAGAAGAUACGAAUGCAGUAAUAAAUUCACCAAGCAAUCGUACAGAAGAGGGUUGUGAAAAGAGCUGUUCAUUAUGUAAAGGAAAUGCUUUAGAAGAAAUGCGUACUCAGUACAUUAAAGCUGUGGACAAAAUAAAAAAUGAUAUGCUUCGUUACAUUCAUGAAAGUAAGUCAAGAGCAGCUGAAAUGUUAAAAUCAGAGGUUUUGAGAGAACGUCAAGAAACUGCUCGGAAAAUGCGUAAAUAUUAUCUAACCUGCCUACAACAGCUUCUAAAAGAUGAUGGAAAGAAUGAGGG